AUGGCAGUACUGUAUAACAAUCAGAACCUCAUCAGUCAGGAUAUCCUGCCAGAUGAUGCGUUCCACGAGAUCCGAGACCUACUCGAUUCCAAGCUCAAGCAUCACUUCUCCAACAGCUUGGAGUUUUAUAAGACCUUCUCUCCCGAUCCGGGUGUCGCAGAAUUCGAUCCAUCCCAGGGCAAUCUUUUCGGGACCGGUCGGAUUAGACUCGGCCUGGCAGCGGGCGUCCGCCUUGUCCUCGACGAUGUUGUUUACAACCCGGCCCUCGUUACCGAAUUACUGAAUAGGCCUUUUGUCGUUAUCAGCCUGUCGAAGCUCCUUGAAACUCCCGGCUGCACUUUGGAGAUCGACAGAUACAAAAACUGGGUGCUCAAAAAAGAUGGCCAAUUUUUUAUCCUUGGUGCAAAGGCUCCCCAUGGUCCGCGGGAACAGCGAUGGGUCACCGGCCCACGUAUUCCGGAGAGCGGCAACGCUGCAGUACCGCAAGCGCUUCAGGGAGCCGUCGCUAGGGGUCCAAUGGAUGCUGAACGCCAGCCACCAAGAGGGGCCCAGGCUCCCGUCAUGAGACUAAUAGCGCAAUCAACAGAAAAUCCCGUCGUUGCAGAGAGAUCGACUCCGACAACGGCGGCAACUCCCACGAGGCCGACCCCUAUACCAGAACACACUAUCAACGCCUUGGCACCAGGUGCGAGGGAAACGGCUCCAGGCUUCCAGAAUAUCGGCGGCAUGUGGAUUUCACAACCCACCUCAGUCCCAGCCACGCCGAUGAGAAGCGUCCGUAGCUCUAAAGACAGAGUGGGCGAGAAAGUACUAGCCGAUCUACCGAAGCCAUCACACGCCAAAUCCCUGUCUAAUCCCCAGAAGGCCGCGCGCUCGCGAUGGGGCAACGUGGAGUAUAGAAGCCUUCCACGAGUUGACGAGAGGUCAGCCAGGGCACCGGAGACACCCGGUUCAAGAUCGAGUGCACCUGUUGCGCGAAAGCCGAAUGCCUCACUCGAGGUUGGCUUCUGGGACUCGAUCUUCGGUCGGCCAAGGACCUCCACUUAUCGGAAACAGGAUAAGCGGCGGCCAGCGGCUGCAAAGGUUCAGGGAACUCCGAGCAUACAUACACCUGUUAAAGCGGGCCAGGCGCACGUGAAGGCAGAUAAAGGUCCAGUCAAGUAG